GAUCAUCAGGAAAGAUGUUCUUCGUGGCGGGGGCCAAAAGCUCAGGAGGAUCAGGGGGAGGAAGUGAAAGGAGGUCGAUUUACCAGAAAUUUCGUGAGGUAGACAUAUUGGACAAGAAGAAGACGGUGACGGCGCUGCAGGCCGGAGAAGAUCGGGCCAUCCUGCUGGGACUGGGAAUGAUCCUGUCGUCGGUCAUGAUGUAUUUCGUCCUGGGCAUCACCGUGCUACGCUCCUACGCUGACAGCGUGUGGACGGAGGAGGGGGUGUGUGUCGUUCUCAACUCCACGGUCACAGCAGACAUGAACUGCUCCUACAACUGCGGGUCAGACUGCUGGAGGGUGUCCAAAUACCCCUGUCUGCAGGUCUAUGUGAGCGUCAAUAACACGGGCCAUGUCAGCCGUUUAUCUCACAAUGAAGAGACCCAGGACGCCAGCUCUGAAUGCCUCUACGUGCCCCGGUGCCAGAAGGACAGCAUGGCCAUGCACACCAUUAUCAUGAACAUUUCCGAGCGUCUGAAGGCGAACCAGCAGGUGCCGUGUUACUACGACCCCAGCGAGCAGCAGGAGACGGUCCUGCUGACCCGGCUCUACGACAACAGCGUCCUGGUCCACUCGCUGCUCUGGCCCUCCUGCAUGCUCACGGGAGGCGCCCUCAUCAUCGUGAUGGUGAAGCUCACGCAGUACCUCUCCAGGCUGUGCGAGGAAAUAGGGAAGAUUAAUAGGUGAAGCAGCCGCCGCGGACACAUGUCGGCGACGGGCACGUGACACGGGACGGGAUUGUUUUUAACCAGGCGACCUUCCCGUGACCUCUCGCAAACUUUCCUCCUCGGCUGAGACAUUUGGAGCAGCUGACUUUCCCUCCGGAUGUGACUGUUUAUAAGAGCGAACUGAAUGUUCCGAGACGGAAACCGUCAGUCGCUGCCUGCUACCUACGACUGUGUUGUUUUUUUCUUCUGCAUGGUGUUAUGAGCAUUGUGAAAACUUUAAAGGGGACUUUGAUCACAUGCAUUUGUCACACUUAAACAUGGAACAGCCUGUUAUGAGCAUGUGCUCUCCAUGUCACAUACGACACACAUGACAAUACCGCCCUAUACUUAGCCUGACAGAGGAAAACACAGCUGUCUGCGCUAAAAUAUCCUGCAUGUGGCCGAUAAUGUUGAGCCAUGGGAAAUUUGGUGGAAUCUGAUGAUCACAUGUGAUUGUUUCCUGAAACUAUUUUAAGUUUGU